AUGUCCUCAUUCUUCUACACAGAUGUCGAUCGAGGCGCAAAGCACUACCAAAUUCCCCAUAGCCUUUCCCUUGAUCAAACAAUCGAGAUACUACACAAUCACCGCUUAUUGGCCGAGCAGAUCUGGCCGUUGAUGACUGUCAAAGUCGUAGAUAGCAAUGUAGCUGCUACUACGGUCGCUGUUGAAUCUGCUACUCUUAAAUUCAAAGCCACAUUUACCAAUCUUGACAAUGGUGUCUCCUUACAGGAGGAAAUAGUUAUGGGGUUUGGUGUUCAGGUUCAGUGGACCGUGGUUGAUCGUUUCAGCCAAAAUGUAUCUUUACUGGUACAAUUUCGCGAGGAGGAUUUGCGUUCAGGUGCAUUGUUGGAGGAAAAUGUUCGUGCCUCGUGUCUCAGGGUUGUAGAUCGGUUUCUGAAUUUUGCGGAUGAAUUUAAUCCGAAGACGAAGUUUCUUAUUGAGUUUUUGGGAAAGGUGGCUAGUGGGGAGAUAUCGAUGGAUGAUAUUAAAAUUAUGAGUAGGGGAUACGGCGACACUGAAAGACUUAAAAGAGGAGUGAUUCAUUUAGAUCUGUUAGGGCUAAUGUUCGGCCCGUCAUAA